AAAACGAUAAACGACUUUUUCUCAUGACCUACUAGAUUACCCGUGUGAAUUAACUUGUGACAUAAUAUUAACUUCAAAACACCCCUAUUCCUCAUACAUAUAGAAUAGUCUUAGAAAUAUAAAAUAAUAUGUCAAUAUACUUCGAUUAUGAAGUGGGGUUUAAGGGUCGAAUGUUCAGAAGGGCUGUGGAGACCGAUAAGCAUGAUAUUGACUUAAUUUGGAAACGAGAACACACUGAAAAUCUAUUCUACCAUGAUGAUAUUGGGUCGUUGAUAGAACUUUCAGCCUUAUCAAUAUGUAUGGUGGAUGAAAACAAAGAAGUGGUCGGAUUCAUGGCACUCUCUGACUAUCCCAAUGUACCUGGGUUAGACCCAAAUGAUUGGGAAAAUUGGAUCAGGAAUUUAUACCGGAGAUACUACCUAUCAAGGAACACGCUUUUCAUACAUUUCAUGUGCUGCGCUGACUCCGUGACUGAAUUUUUUGUAGAGGAAGCAUUGAUAUCAGUAUUUCUAAACGACAGCUACAUACAGUACAUUGUGCUGGUUGUGCCUCUAUUUUGUCCAGAUGAACUCAUUUCAAGAUUUGCAACGUUCAGGAAACGUAAUAUUAUAAAAUACUUACCAAAGGUUAAGGACGGUGUAGCUGGUAACUAUUUAUAUACGGCAUUAAGAAACGAUUUCUGUCCGAAGUUGAAGAUGCGACGAGCCGUGGAGGAAGAUAAUGAUGACAUUGUCGAAAUAUUAGACAAGAAGUGUCCACGUCUAAAGGACCUUUAUGGCGAAUAUUAUAUUAGCGAAAUUAUUGGCCGCCAUCCCGAAUUUAAUAGAAAAAUUAUUGUUGCUGAUAUCCAAGGUCGUGCCGUCGCAGUGAUGUGUUUGAACACAGACAUAAACUAUAAGAAGCUGCAGAGUUCGUACGAAUUGAAGCCGUUUCAUGGCCUGCAGAAUGCCACUGCUUUUGAAAAGGAACAGAAUAAGAGAAAAAAUACUUUGCUCACUGAUUUUGGUGACCCAAUCUUGUGCGGUCAGUGGAACCCAUUUCAGCGUCCUUCUACAGUAAAAGACGACAGUCAAACAGAAGCACAGGGAGAUACGAUGAGGCCAAAAAAGGAUGUACCGAAAAUUAUUAUCGGACAAGAAUUACUAAAGACAUUUGAAAAGUCUGAUUCAGAAGAAGUAGGAGAAAAAGUAUUGCCAGGGUCUCCCGUAGUACCAUCUAUUUGUGCCUCUGUAGUGGACAUGUUAGAGGAAGAUCCCUUUGACUAUGAUAUUGUGAACAUUGACACCACACUAUUCAAUGUAACUGAAGGAAAAUCGUUUGAAAUGGCCCGUCCAUCCUUGAAAACAAAACGAAGAUUUGUGGGAGAAUCAUUGUUAAUUAAGCAGCAGAUGUUUAGUAACUCCAUUAGUUCCUUGUAUUUAGAGAAAGUUAUGAAACCAAAAAAGAAAUUUAUGAAAUUCGAUGACGAGGAUUUUACGAUAUAUCAAGGAACAAAAAAUGCUUUUGUAAUAGAACUUUUUGCGAUGUCUGAUGAUAUAGAUGAGAGGCAAUCUUACGACCUGUUAGAAGCUGCUUUUGAACUAAUGAAACAUUUGGAUUACUGCAUCAUUCGGGUACCUUCGGCUGACAAGACCUUUCCCUUGUUACAACACUUUUGUUUCGUGCCAACAAAACCGAAAGUUUGCUGCAGCUAUUCGCUGUACAUUGCACACAGAAGCUCAGUUUUAGGGUAG